AUGAUCAUCACAACCGAUCAGACGGACCGCCAGUUGCUGGAUCCCCGUCAACCAGAUUCAAGCACUCUCGCAGCCGAAGUUUCAUCGGCGGGCUCGUCGACGUGGUCAUUACCCGAUCACCCGUCAACUUCCUCUUCAUCUGCGAAUCUUGCAGCCAGUCAGAUUCUGACCAUCUCGGAUGGCUCUUUUGCGCACACGCUCUGCGUCACGACCACAUCAUUUCCUGUCGCACUUCAGUUGCGGGAUGACUUUCUCCAACAUCUGAAAUCGGCGACCGGUGGGGCCGUUGCGGUUACCUCUCUGGUGGAGCUCUGGGCCCGUUUUCUCGGCUUCACCGUCGAUCGCCUGGAACAUUCCCCGGUCGCCUUGGCAGACGAUCUCCGUCACCUGCUCACCAUUGCUUUGGGCACAUUCGAUCAAGACAUUCUCCAACAACGAGAGAUUCAUGGUGUCGUCUACGGCUUGGAAGUCACGGCCGAGGUGCAAUCGGUGAUUCUGGCGGCAUACGUCCGCGCACGGCAAACGCUGCGUCGGGUCAGCUCCAAACACACCGCCCCGUCUGUUCUUUUGACGGCCGCUCAAGAACGCAGAGCGAAGCUAUACGCUGUCUUCGGCGGCCAAGGGAACGAUGAAACCUACUUUGAGGAGUUGAGGUCGUUAUGGCAGACCUAUCGCCCCUUGGUCGAAGAUCUGAUCCUCUCUGCCUCGACGAUGUUGCAACGGGAGGUGCUGGAAGAUGGCACCAGUCGAUUCUAUCACAGCGGCCUCGAUAUCGUGGCGUGGCUUGAAAACCCAGAGCGGACUCCAUCAUCGGCUUAUCUGAUUGGAGCUCCCAUUAGCAUGCCCUUGAUCGGGCUGCUACAGUUGUCGUGGUAUCGAGUCGUUGGGCGGCUCGUGGGUGCCACUCCUGCGCAGCUGCAGUCAGCCUUCAUGGGAACGACCGGUCAUUCACAAGGAAUUGUCGCGGCGACUGUCAUUGCAGUCGCCCAGUCCUGGAGGCAGUUUGAUGCCCUAGCACUAAAUGCGCUUCGUCUGCUCCUGACAAUUGGUACGUGCAGUCAGGAUCAGUUUGCCGUCGCUCAGUUACCCCCGGCGAUUGUAAGCGAUGCCGAGGCUCACGGGGAGGGAUUCCCGGGCCCCAUGCUCAGUGUUGCAGACUGUCCCAUUGACCAACUGCGAAGCUAUAUGGCGGCUGUGAAUGAGUACUUGCCAGCUGACGCUCGCAUCGAGAUUGCGUUGAUCAACGGGCCGAAACAUGCAGUCCUGGCUGGACCACCAUUGUCGCUGCAUGGCUUCAAUGUCUGGCUGCGUAACGUCAAGGCGCCGGCAAAAGGAGUUCAACAUCGCAUUCCUCACAGCCAACGAAAACCCGAGAUUCACAACCGGUUUCUACCCAUCACCACGGCAUUCCACAGCAGCUACCUCGCCGAUGUCGCUCCGAGCAUCUUGGAGCGGAUGAGCGACUUUACCAUUACGGGUGACCAGUUGAGAAUCCCCGUCUACUGCACACACACAGGAAGUGAUCUUCGUAAAUGCGGAUCCGCAAACCUGAUCCCUAAAUUGGUCUCGAUGAUUACCACGCAGGAGGUUGUGUGGCCCCGAGCUGUGAAGUUCUCCGGCGCCACGCAUAUAUUGGCAUUCGGUCCCGACGGUGCAUCUGGAAUCGGAUCAUUGACAAAUCGAUUAAAGGAAGGUACCGGCGUCCGGACAAUUCUCGCGACAGGCAAUUACAAUCCCCGCUCUGAACUUGGUAACCGGAGUGAAUUUUUUGACUGGAACUCUGCUGUUGUCUACGGACCUGUUUGGCGCGAUGAACAUAAACCUCGACUGGUUCAAAUCGCCGGUGGGGGUGUGCUUGUUGACACGAAGCUCAGUCGCCUACUGGGCCUCCCACCCGUGAUUGUUGCCGGUAUGACACCUACCACAGCCGCCUGGGACUUUUGUGCAGCAAUCAUGCGCGCUGGUUUCCACGUCGAGCUGGCGCUUGGUGGAUUUUACAACGCGACUCAGCUGGAAAAGGCAAUCUACCAGCUUCUAGAUUCGAUUCCUGCCGGCAGAGGCAUAACUUGCAACAUGAUAUAUGCGGCGCCCCACGCAGUGAAAUGGCAAGUUCCCCUACUUGCGAAACUACGGGCUGCCGGCGUUCCCAUUGAAGGCCUCACUAUUGGAGCUGGCGUCCCUUCACUUGACGUCGCAACCCGCUACAUCGAGGAGCUUGGCCUCCGACAUAUGGGGCUCAAGCCAGGUACACUGCCGGCAAUCUACCAGGUCCUUGAGAUCGCUCGUGCCCACCCCACUUUCCCUAUCGUCCUCCAAUGGACAGGGGGGCGAGGCGGAGGUCAUCACUCUUUUGAGGAUUUCCACCAGCCAAUCUUACAAGCGUAUGAUGCGAUUCGCCGUUGCCAGAAUGUCAUUCUUGUUGCUGGGAGCGGAUUCGGCGGUGCUGACGAUACCUUCCCUUAUCUAACCGGCGAGUGGGCGUCUCAAUACAACCGACCCCUUAUGCCAUUUGAUGGUAUUCUUCUGGGAAGUCGCAUGAUGACCGCUAAAGAAGCGCAUACCAGCCCAGCCGCAAAGCAAGCUAUCGUUUCUGCCCCUGGCCUCGAAAACGAAAGCGACUGGGAGCAAAGCUACACCCGGUCAGCAGGUGGUAUCAUGACAGUCACCUCAGAGAUGGGUGAACCCAUUCACAAGCUGGCCACGCGCGGUGUCAGACUCUGGGCCGAAUUUGACCGAACCAUUUUCAAGCUUGAGCCUGCGAAGCGCGUAGCAUAUCUGCAGGAGCACCGUGACACCAUCAUCAAGCGACUCAAUGCGGAUGCGGCCAAGGUGUGGUUUGGACGAGACAUUCAGGGUGGGGUAGUCGACCUCGAGGAAAUGACCUACGAAGAGGUUUUGCGACGUUUUAUCUCUCUAACUUAUGUCAUGAAGGAGAAGCGCUGGAUUGACGAGUCAUAUCGCGAUUUCCUAUAUUCUUUCCUUCUUCGCGUUGAGGCUCGUCUUGGUGAUCACAAUGCAAAGCUUGGGAAGAAGAGUCUUAUCAACAAGGAUUCUCUCUCUGAACCAGAACGUGAGCUCGAGGCCUUUUUGGAGAGGCUGCCUGCAGCUCAAGACCAGCUCAUCGGUACCCAGGAUGCACAUUACUUCAUACACUUGUGCCAGCGGCGUGGUGCCAAGCCUGUUCCAUUCAUCCCCACUCUGGACGCGAAUUUUGAGACUUAUUUCAAGAAAGAUUCGCUUUGGCAGUCCGAAGACCUGGCUGCAGUGGUAGACGAGGAUGUGGAACGUGUUUGUAUUCUUCACGGGCCGGUGGCAGCACGCCAUUCCACCGAAAUGGAUGUUCCCGCCGGCGAUAUUCUCGGCGCCAUCCAUCGAGGCCAUAUCGACCGACUCCAAAAGCUGGACCCCGAAUACGAACAGGAUGGAAUUCCAAUCAUCGACUGUCUUAGUCCAAACCUUUCGCUUAAAACAAAUCAGCUCAGCGAGAUUGGUAUCAACUCGGUCCCUAUGGGCAACAGCGGAUCAGUGUUGUUCGAAGUGAUGCACUCGAAUGGUACAACUGGGCCGGUUCCGACGCCAUCUCUGGCCGAGUGGCUUACUGUGCUUGGCGGUAGCGACGGAGGAUGGCGCCAGGCCUUUUUCCGGGCAGAAACAAUUGUGCAGGGCCGCUCCAUCUGUGAAAAUCCUCUCAGACGUUUGUUCCAACCCACCCGAAACUCUUAUGUGAUGAUCCAACAAGGCAACACUCAUCACAAAGCCGAGCCCGUUGUCACUCUUUUCGAGCAUCAGCCACACUCAGAGCCAUUGAAGGUCGUUGAAGUUCGGAUGGAUGCUCCUGGUAUCAUUACAUUGGAAAUUAUUAACCAUCGUAAUGCCGGGGGCGCUGCGGUGGGAUUGGAGUUGAAAUUCCGGUUUCGACGUGAGGCCGUCUAUGCCCCCAUUCAUGAGAUCAUGGAAGGUCGUAAUGAGCGCGUCAAAUCCUUUUACUACCGAGUUUGGUUCACGGGUGACACCCCCGUCACAUGGCCUUCGGUGCAUGACACAUUCACCGAGACCCAGUUUGAGGUCACCGCCGAUGAUAUUGCCGAGUUCGCUCAUUGUGUGCAAAAUGCCAGUGACGCAGCUAGCAAACGCCGGGGAAAGCAAAUGUUAGCUCCCCUGGACUUCGGCGUCGUGAUCGGAUGGGAGGCUUUGAUGAAACCGCUCUUUUCCCGCGAGCUCGAUGUUGAUCUACUAACUCUUGUCCACCUAACAAAUGGCUUUCGAAUCCCGGAGGACGCGGAACCCAUCCAAGCCGGAUAUGCCCUUGAAACCAAGUCGCGGAUCAAAGCAAUCACUAUUGAGGAUGCUGGCAAGAUGGUAGAGGUCCGCGCAGACGUCUACCACAGGAAUAAGAUUGUUUUGGAACUCAGCAGCCAGUUCUUGUACAGGGGCUCUCACGAUGAUUGGGAGAAUAUGUUCCGCAAGGUGGACGAGGAAGAGAUGGAGCUCUGCCCUUUGAAUCCGAUGGAAGUGGCGAUGUUGCAAUCAAAGUCCUGGUUUCAUCCUCUCGAUGGAUCGCUUGAGUUGCAGAAUCAGACUUUGGUUUUCAAGUUGCAAUCUACUUACCAAUACGCCAGCAAGGACACUUUCAAGACUGUUACAACAGUGGGUGAAGUGCGAUUGAACUCUUCUUUGCCUGGUGGGUCUCGUCCCAUCGCCACGGUCGAUUACCGCGCAGGCAACUGCCGUGGAAAUCCUGUCAUGGACUAUCUCAAACGUCACGGUAGUCCUGUGCAGAAGCGCGCCAUGUUUGAGCAGCCCAGUCCCAUGAUAAGUGAGGGUUCGUCGUUAAUUCUUACAAUGCCUCACUCCAACGAGGCAUAUGCCCACGUCUCCUGGGACUUCAACCCAAUUCAUGUUUCAGCAUCUCUCUCCCGGUAUGCUGAUCUACCGGGUCUGAUCACCCAUGGCAUGUACACAUCCGCUCGGGUCCGUGGUCUUGUCGAACAUUAUACUUGCGCCUCAGACAUUGGAGCGUUCCGCAGCUUCCAAUGCUCCUUCACGAGCAUGGUCCUUCCUGGUGAUGAGAUCGAGGUGAUUUUCCAGCAUAUCGGCAUGCUUGCUGGUCGAAAGAUCGUUUCAGUUGAGGCUCGACACGUCGGCCGAGGCGAGACUGUUCUGCGCGGCGAAGCCGAAAUUGAGCCCGAGGAGACAGCUUUUGUCUUCACAGGCCAGGGGAGCCAGCAGAAGGGCAUGGGUAUGCAACUAUACGAGCAAAGUAGAGCAGCACAGCAAGUCUGGGACUAUGCCGAUACAUACUUCUCUGACAAUUACGGCUUCCGCAUCACGGACAUUGUUCGAAAUGAUCCGAAAGAGCUCACCAUCUACUUCGGCGGACCGCAAGGUCGAUUUAUUCGGGACAAGUAUCGCAGUAUGAUACGUGAAAGCAUUGCAGAAGAUGGCAGCGUCGAACUGCUGCCUCUAUUCCCUAACAUCAACGAGGAUACUGAAUUCCACACAUAUUACUCUCCUCAGGGCUUGCUCUCGGCCACUCAGUUUACGCAGCCUGCUCUCACUCUCAUGGAGCUUGCGAUAUUCGCAGAUCUACAAUCCCGUGGGCUCAUUUCAGAGCGCAGCUCCUACGCCGGUCACUCACUCGGCGAGUAUUCAGCUCUGGGGGCCGUGGGGAAGAUCUUCAACGUGGAGUCUCUCGUGCAGAUCGUUUUUCUACCGCGGUCUCUUGAUGCACUUUGCAGUCCACGUGAUGAUCGCGGAAACUCGGACUAUCGCAUGUGUGCGGUCGAUCCCAGCCGUGUGGCUCGAGGAUUCGGCCAAGAGGGUCUUGAACUCAUUGUCAAAAACAUUGCCAAACAAACAAAUAUGCUACUUGAGAUCGUCAAUUUCAACGUGAUGGGUGUGCAAUAUGUCUGUGCUGGUCAGGUGCAUGCUCUUCACUGUCUCACCUCGGUUCUCGAUCAUCUUCAUGGCCUUUCAGCGAUACCCACGGCUUUGGAUCAGCUGGCUAUCAUGGUUGAGAGCAAAGUGGCGGAAUUGAUGAAAACCCCCACGCCUGCCGCGCUUGGUCGAGGCUGUGCGACAAUUCCUCUCCGGGGCAUUGAUGUCCCUUUUCAUUCCUCGUCGCUACUUCCCGGUGUUGCGGGUUUCAGACGCUGUCUGAUGGAUCUUAUCGAUAGUCAUGCGCUGGAUCUCAAAUGCCUCGUAGGCCGGUAUAUUCCCAAUCUGACGGCACGGCCUUUUGAGUUAAGUAAAGACUAUUUUGAGCUUGUCCACGGCUUGACAGGGUCAAAGGCGCUUGAGGGUGUUCUCCUUGAGUGGGAUGACUACCAUGGUCCCAACUCUUCUACGGGCCUGCAGAAGAUUGAGAAGGCUAUUCAAGCGAUGAAGGCGUAUUAA